AUGGCCAUCAGCAGCCUGAUCUCUGAGGUUCUGGCUGGCUGCAGCAGCCACGCAGUGCAGGGGCGGUUGCGAGGCUUUAGCUGCGGCAGCAACGGCGAGCGUGGCGACGGCGUCAGCGGCACUUGGGGGAAGGGCACGACCUGCGCCCUACAGAAGUUCCUCAACUCAAGGAAAGCUGCUGCAACUCUGCAUGACAUUUUCACCACUGCCCCGGAGCAAAAGGAUCUCGAGGCCGCCUGUUGGGCCCUUGCGCUCUUUGGUGGAGCUGAAGAAUGGAUGGAUGAGGAAGUCUUCGACUUGCUGCCAACAUUGGACCAGAGUCUCAUCGACACCGGCCGCCGGACUGCCAAGGCACGGCAAGUGCUGCGAGACAAUGGACUUCCGGUGCCGCCAGAAUGGUGGGGCACCGCUCAGCUCUUGGCCAACCUGGGCGAUGCCUUGUGGAUCCAAGCCGCUGGUAGCGAGGCGGCGGUGGCCGCCGUGCUCUCGUUGAAGAGCCUGGAAGCAGCGGAUGAGGCACCUCCAGGUGUUUGGGAGAUGGGUGUGGCAGUCCUGCUGGCGCACCUGAGAGACGGCAUGCCUACAGCGGUGGAGGUGGUUUGCCAUGCUCUGGGCAAGCUGAUGGAUAUGCACUAUCUGCGGGUGGAGGUCCUCGAUAGCGCUCGAAAGGUCUUAGCGCAACGCUUGCGUGCAAACGCGUCCAUCCACCAGGCCAUUGCUCGAGGUUUGACGGCCAUGCGCUCCUUGGUGAACCAACUGUGGCCCGUUCUGAGGGAAAGGCUCUCAAGUCCCCAUGGCCUUGACAUGAAGAUUGCUGCAGAGGCUCUGGCUGCAUUGGACAAUCAAUUGCUCCUGUCUGAGCACGUCCUGGUGUCCAGCGCAGCGGUCUUGGGCCCACGACUCAUGGAUGAGGAGUGGAUUGUUCGCUUGGGUGCGUGCCAUGGACUGGCAGCUUUUGGUACUAAGGCUGCGGGUCCAUACCUGGAUCAGAUCUUGGAGCUGGUUGAGGAUGAGGAGGGCCCGGUGGUGGCUGCAGCUGCGGCAGCCGUCAGCAAGCUGCUUCAUGACAAGACGGAUCGCAGGUUCCAGCUGUACGGUGUAUUGCGGAGGUUACAAGCACGCCUUCCCGACAACGAAAGCGAUGCAUGGGUGCGUGCUGGCUGCUGUCAGGGAAUUGGCAGUGUUGGGCUGGUGCUUGACGACACCGUGCAGGUCUUGUCGAGUCAUCUCACUGAUACCGAAGUCAUUGUGGUGGAGGGUGCAGCCCAGGCUUUACGGCAGCUCUAUCUCCGUGGCGCAAUUGAUAGCAAGGUCUUGGACAACACAGCCUUUGAGACAGCAUCCCAGUUGUUGUCCCAAGAUUGGCUGCACAGGUGGGCUGCGUGCGUUUGCCUGGGUGCGUUGGGACCCACUGCGUUGCCCUAUAUGCAGGAUUUGCAAGCGCGCGCCUCGGACGAGGACGAGAACGCCUUUGUUCAUGAUGCCGCAAAGCAAAGCCUCAACAGGCUGGCAAUACUUCAGCGCAGUGAGCAUUUCCAGGAUCGUAGUUUGGAUCGAAUGCACGCCGCUCAGUCGCUGGUGGGUUAUUCCUUUUCACCACCUGAACCGCCACACGGAUCUGUCCGAGCGUAG